AUGAGAAGACUUCCGGAGCAGGGAAAUGGCACCGACGCCGCUUGGGGUUUUGGGCGACUGGACGCAGAAGCGGCCACGCAGAUUUUGCAAAUUUGGUCUGUCUCAGUCGAAUUGCAAGUGUGCACACAGCUGAUAAGUCUGGGGUGGCAGGCACUACAGAACCUGCAGUCUGCGAAGUUUGCGCAGGCAGAGAGGCCCGUCUGGUGGACUCAUGACAGCGUUGUGUACAAAGAUCGGGAUGGCUUGUUGGCUAACUUGGACGGGGCGGGCGACUAUGACAUCAUCAAGUGUCCUCGUUGCCAGGGCGCCUCCACAUGGAUCGAAUGCUGCCACGAUCCUCCGAGGAAGUAUCCCGGGAUCCUGAAGCGCGGCGAUCGCAAGAUCGAAUGGUUCGAAGUCUGGCGGGAGCCCUCCACGACGGUCUCAGACGCCAUCCCAGAGACUGCAUCGCAUGGCCGGUCUGGAGUUGGGCAUAGCUCCCCCUUCGAGCUAUCCCGUAAACAAUGCGAGCUUGCGCGACUGGACGGUGGUGUGGAUAUCCACAUGAAGCACUUCCUGGAGGCGGCGAGCAUCUACACCACAGUGCUGGGUCAGUUGGGUACUGCAUCGUCAACAGUCGCGGCGGACAUCGGCAAGAAUCUGCGAGGAGUCCAACAGUGCCUCAGCUCGGAGCCCGAAACAAGAGCGACAUUGAGGGGUUUCCUCGAUGUGGAGAAGGCCACCGGCCAACAUCAAGUUGCUGAGCCGAGUCAUUGCCAGCUCGCCGACCCCAGCGGUGCUAUGCAGUUGCAGUGGCUGCUGCGCGGCCUGGGCUUCUACGCUCGUUUCUUGCAGCUGCAGCUGGAAGGGUACCCUGAGGCUGCUGCAGAGGCCUACAAUGAGACUCUUGCGCAGUACCACAGCACGCUCACAGCCUUCACAUUUAAGUUCCUCAUCACGGCGAUGCCUUCGAAGGAUUCUCUUUGCGCCCUUCCGGCCCUUAGUGGCCCGGGAGCUGCGGCCGAGGCAGCAGCAGCUGCCAGUGAGCUCUCCGCUUUGGUGCCGGGGCCAAAUUGUGAAGACCAUGGUCACGACCUGCCAAGAGCAGCAACUCUGGCAGAGUCAUCGUGUUUGAAAGCGCUGUGGAAAAUGGAGGAGCGCGACUUCAGCCUUGACUCGCCAGAGCACCGGCCGCCACGCAACCGGUUGCAGACGGGCCGCACCUGCGCAGCCGACAAUCUGUCGGCUUUGGUGAGAGAUGCCGCUGCUGCUGGUUCCGAAGGACAAAAUCUCGCGGCUGCGGCUCGCCUUGGUGACAGCCAGCGCCUCGCCAGCUUUGUGGCCUUCAAGCAUCUUCCAGUACAGCAGCAGGAGGCUUUGCUUGCGAUGGGUGUCCCCGAAGGCAGUUGCAGCAUUCGCGAGACCGAGCGUGUGAUCCACGCGUUCCUGCAGGACUUCCCUGUGUUUGCAGCUGCUCUUGACUGGAAGCUUUUCGUUGAGGUGGUCGGCAUCGUCAGCGAGCGGGGGAGCCGCUUGUCCAAUGGUGACUACGCUCUCUACAAGUUGAUGGAUUUGGCUUCACACAGCUGCCAACCCAACGCCGUCGUGGAGACUCUCGGCGAAGACGGUCUGCGGGAGCUGCGCUGCCUCAGCUAUGCCGGCAUCGCGGAGAACGAAGAGAUCACGACAAGCUACGUGGCAGAGGAGGUCUUGCUCCAGCCCUCGGAACCCCGACAUGCGGCCAUCCGUGCAGAGCGUGGAGGCUGGCAGUGUGCCUGCAACCGAUGCAAGCUCGACGGCGAGGUUGCCAAUGACCUCCGUAGUGUUUCAGCCCAACUUCGCCGUGGCAUGGAGGUGCCUCCCUUGAGGGAACGUCUGCAGGCGCUAAAAGCCAUCGAUACGGCGCUGCCCUUUGCUAUGGCGGCGAAGGCACGUGUGCGCUUCUCGCUGGCACAAGCCUGCGAGGCCGCUGUAGAUCAGGGGCUGUUUGAGGAGGCCAAGAUGUUGUACGAGACAGCCUUGGAUGAGACGGAAAUAGUGCUUGGGCAGAAGGGCCUUCGAAACCUUGCCAACAUAAAGCGGCGGCUGGAGCAGCUGCUGGAGACAAUGGCGUGA